GUUCGAUCACCCUAUUGAGUCUUUUCCUCAGUAAUACCAGAUAUGGGCGCAGUAGCGGACAGUCAACAUCCUUGGGCAUUUGCAUUUGGCAUUCUAGGUAAUCUAAUUUCAAUCAUGGUUUACUUGGCCCCAGUGCCAACAUUUUACCGGAUUUACAUAGGGAAAUCGACUGAAAGUUUCCAAUCCGUGCCAUAUCUGGUAGAACUGUUUAGUUCCACGCUUUGGGUCUACUAUGCCAUACUGAAGCAAAAUGCUGUGCUAUUCAUCACAAUUAACACCUUCGGAAGUGUGAUGGAGACUUUGUACAUCGCCAUGUACAUUGUUUAUGCAACAAACGCUUCAAGGAAAUUCACUAUCAAGUUAUUCGGGUUUAUGAACUUGGGACUCUUUUCCUUGAUCAUUGUCCUUUUACACUAUGUAUUUCAUACUCAAUACCGUGUCCCGGUUCUCGGAUGGAUCAACAUUGCCAUUAACGUUUGUUCUUUUGCAGCGCCCUUGACUAUUGUGGCACAGGUGAUCCGCACAAAAAGCGUUGAAUUUAUGCCGUUCAGCUUAUCAUUCUUCCUUACACUGAGUGGUGUGUUGUGGUUUGCGUAUGGACUCGUCGUCAAGGACAUAUUCAUAGCAAUUUCAUAUGGGUUAGGUUUUGUCUUGGGUCUCCUUCAGAUGUUGUUCUACGCCAUAUAUAGAAACCGCAAUGAGGUUAUAGUUGAUAAGGAGAAGACGCCUCCGGGACCAAACCACGUGACAAACGCUGUGAUUCUGAGCACUAUCGCAACAUCUGAAGUUCAUUCGGUGGAUGCUAAGUCGUGCGAUGACAAUGAUGUCGAAGACGGCAAAGAUGGAAAUAAGGACAGUGAUAGCAAUGAACAUAAGUGUAUGGAGUUGGGGGUGAAUAUGGAUGCUUCGGGUGACGUCCAAUUGAAAUCUAAUGAACCAUGUGCAGUGUGAGGUUAAGUGUAAUUGUCAUGACAUGUCAGACUUGAUUUAUAAGAUCUUUGGUUUUAAAAUAAUUACAACCUAUAUAUGGCAUUGUAAUUCCAAAAUAAUGUUUGUAUACAAUUUAUUUUCAU